AGCGACAGGGCCGAAGAAGGAAAGAUCAAUUGAUUUCGCCUACGAAGGAAGCCAUGCCCAUCGUCUAUGCGCUCAUCGCUCGCGGGAAGACCGUCCUCGCCGAGUACACGGCGUCGUCCGGCAACUUCCCGACCGUCACGCGCGUGCUCCUCGCCAAGAUCCCACUCGACGACAGCAAGAUGUCCUAUGUCUACGACAAGCAUGUCUUCCACUACGUCGUCAAGGAUGGCAUCACGUACCUCUGCAUGGCGGACAAUGACUUUAAGCGGCGCGUCCCGUUCCAAUUCCUCGACGACCUCAAGGCGCGCUUCUUGACGACGUAUGGGGAUCGGGGCCGCACGGCGAUUGCAUUUGCCAUGAACGCCGAGUUCCAGCACGUCAUCCAGCGCCAAAUGGACUACUUCAACGCGAAUCCCGAGGUCGACACGGUCGUUCAGGUGCAGCAGACCCUUGACGACGUCAAGGACACAAUGGUGGAGAACAUUGAAAAAGUACUGGGGCGUGGCGAAAAGUUUGAGCUCCUCGUCGACCGCACCGACCAGCUAAGCCAGCAGUCAUUCGUCUUCAACCGCAAGUCACGCAAGCUGCGCAAGGUCAUGUGGUGGCGCAGCAUGAAGAUGUGGGUCUGCCUCGGCUGCCUCGGCCUCCUCGUCAUCUACCUCGUCAUCUCGAUGGCCUGCGGCUUCGACUUUUCCAGCUGCAAGGCGACGCCGCCCAAGAUCCAGGACGUGUAAUCGGACGACUGCAGUUUUGAGAUGUGUUUCGUACUCCAUUGUUUGCACCAUCAACCUGCUA